AUGAGUGAAGAGAAUAUAUUGGUCGGUAGAAACGCGUGUUAUACUAGUAGGAAAUCAAUUCAAGAAAUCCUAUAUACCAUGUCAACUACCGACGUUGAUUUCCCAACUGUUACAAGGGUCAAACAGACGGUGAUUAAGGAGUUGGAAAAGUUAAAAACUGCCGAUGGUGAUUAUCUAAAGCAAAUUGAUGGUUACAUCGAAAAUCUGCGAAAGGCCGAUAUAACCAUCAGAAGUCAAAAUGUUUUAAGAAAGAAUAGUGAGAUUUGUUCAGGUGAAACCCCAAAAUCAUCCCUUGAAAAAUCCAUGAAGGUCCCAUUUCUUGAAACACUUAUACAAAAUAUUAAUGACCGAUUUGUGGACAGUCCUGUCAUGGAAUCGUUUUCAAUCUUUAAACCAAACUACCAUCAAGCCAAGUGUUUUAAGGUCCUCCCUCCACACACUGCAGACUGUGAAAGAGAUUUUUCUCAGAUGAAAAUCAUAAAAAACAGUCUUCGCAAUAGACUGACAGAAUCAUCUUUAGUGACACAAAAAAUGGAGUUCGAAGAGAAACAUCAAAAAUAUUAG